AUGGCACCCAACGAGAUCUACCAGUACUCGCUGGUUAACGCGCUGAUGUCAGGCGUCUCCGACAGCGGUAUUACAGCAGCUCAGCUCAUCGAGAAGGGUAAUCAAGGUCUAGGGACUUUCGUGCGCAUAGAGGGUGAGCUUCUGCUCCUUGACGGCGCGGUUUACCAGUUGCUAGCCGAAGGGAAGAUCCGCGUGGCCUCGCCGACAGACCAGAUCCCUUACGCGGUAAGCACACAUUUUGAGCCGCAGCACACAGUGACAGGUGAAGGCGCCCGGCUGGAGAACAAGGAGGCACUUGAUGUGGUGCUGGAACGCUACAACAACCAUGCAAGCAAUCUUUUCAUGUCGUACCGAGUGGAAGGCCACUUCCGGCGAGUUAAGUGCCGCACAGUCAAGGGUCAGGAGUAUGAAGGCCAAUCACUCGCCGAGCUAGGGAAGAAGCAGUUCGUCGCCGAGUAUAGUGACAUCGAAGGUACCAUUGUGGGAUUCCGCUCACCUCGGACGUGGCAAGGGUUUUUUGUGGCCGGUGAGCAUAUGCACUUCAUCGACAAAGAUAGGAAAGCUGGAGGUCAUGUGCUGGAGCUCGAGGCCGAUGAUGUUCGUAUUGGCAUCGCCACGAUCAACAAUCUCCAUAUUGAGCUGCCCACCUCAGACAAGUUCAAUUCGGCUGUGAUGACGACAGAUGAUGUAGGAUUGAAAUCUGUGGAAGGUUGA